CUGUCGAACCUGCCGGUAAGGGUCCUCCUCGCUAGCGGCCGUUGUGAGCAUCAUUUAUGAUCGGAUCAAAACUAAUUGGAUGACAAGCGCACGUCGGGUCAAAUGCGACGAGACCCCUGGCCAUUGCUACAACUGCACCUCCACAGGAAGAACAUGCGAGGGCUACGACCCCUCCCCAUUACCUCGCCCAAACAACGCUCAACGGCAGCGGGUACUAUCUCCCCAGCUGCCGUUGACGGUCACAACCAAGAUCCGCUGCAUCACCACAGCCGAUGAACGACGCUGUUUCGCAUUCUUCCAAAGACGCACGAUCCCGGAUAUUCUGGGGGCAUUUGAUUCCCCGUUGUGGCACCAGUUAGUGCUGCAGAUGGCCCAGCUGGACCCGGCGGUCUGUCACGCUACGAUGGCGCUGGCGGCUGCUCACCAGGAGUGUCAGAUCACCGGCAUGGGGCUGCGCCCGCAGAAACAGCAGAGUCCGUGGAACCUGUUCGCUUCCGAUCAGGCGGCGCGCGCGUUUGCCCUGCUCAGGCAACGGAACCCCCAGGACCCACUGUUGCCGCAGGUGGUACUGCUUUGCUGUAUCCUCUUUGUCAUGUUGGAUUUGGUGUGGAGGGAGUUCGACACAGCCUUCCUGCACCUGCAGGGCGGCCUGCGCAUUCUGAAUGAGCUUCAUCGCCAGGGUAAGCCGGUGUUUCGAAACCGACAGGGAUCGCCCGUCGAUUGGCACAUCGUCACUGCUUUGCGACAUCUCGACAUACAUUCAACACAAUUCGGCUGCGAGGCACCGUUGCUUGAGAUUCGGGAAGAGGCUCGAUUGGAUUCGACUGCAGCACAGUGGCAAACAAUCCGGAGCGUUGCCGAAGGACGCAGGGCACUUGAUCCCCUCACGACACUGACGCAUGCGUACAUGAGGCGGGCCUGGCCGUCUGAUAAAGAGCACGAUCCCGUUCUCUAUGCCUCGUUGUACCGCGAGCAGUUGAUACUCCUCUCGCUGGUGGAUCAGGCUCAGCGGGCCAUGCGGGACUUUCGUCUCCGACAUUACGCCUCCCUUGGACUCAGGGGCCAGGUCGGGGCCGACAUACUAAAGGUCAAUCUCCAUUGGCUCUGUUUGGGUCUGCGUACGACCUUCGCGCUCCCUGGACCUGCAUACAUCGCGAGCAUUGCUUCUGA